AUGUCUACUUUAUGCAAAUUAUUCUUUGUCUUCAUUUUUACAAUUAUAUUUGGACGUCUUUCUGGUAGUUAUCCAUCAACUUACUGUAUUCGUCUUGACACGGAUGUUGAAAGUGGUAAUGGAUCUUCAAUAAUCAUAAACAUUACUCAAAAUUGGGCACCCAUUGGUGCGAAUCAUUUGUUUGAUAUAAUUAAUUCUCAGUUCUAUGCUACUCCCUCAGCUUUCUUCCGUGUUGUUCCUAAAUUUGUCGUGCAAUUUGGAAUCAGUGGUGAUCCAACACAAAAUGCCAUUUGGAAUAAAACUAUUCUUGAUGAUCCUGUACUUAUCUCGAAUACUGUCGGCACUGUAUCAUAUGCUACUGAUGGACCUAAUACUCGUACAACACAAUUAUUUAUUAAUUAUCGCAAUAAUUCGCGUCUAGAUUCACACGGCUUUGCACCUAUAGGUGAGUUGAUGGCGUAG